GCAACUUUUUAUUUUAUAUGAAGCCCUGCCAGAACCAUCGCUGCAUGCCAUAAAAGGCAUCAUCAACAGUGCUGUCAGUUUAUGUGCUCUAGCCUAUUUCAUGGUUGGUUUUCCUUGGAUACGUCACGUUCUAUGAAGGGAACAUUCCUGGUGACGUGAUGAAGUUGUUCCCAUCUACAUUUGGUGCAAAUGUCAUGAAGCUAGGCUUUGUCCUGUCUAUUGCCAUCACAUUCCCUGUUAUUAUCUUUCCCUGCAGAGCCAGCAUCUAUACUCUUGUUUUUCAAAAGGAUUUUCAUGAUUUAGCUCACUCAGCCAUGGAAACAUCAGAUGUAAAGAAGAUGAAACAUGGUGAUGAUGUGAUUGGCAACUACAUUCCGGAACAGAUUUUCAAGGCCAUUACCAUAGGUAUCGUUUUGGUGUCAACAAUCACUGGCAUUCUUAUUCCCAAUGUUGAGUUUAUUUUGGGUUUAAAUGGAGCCAUUACAGGAACAUUAAUCUGCUAUAUUUUUCCUGCCCUUUUCUUCCUGCAUGUGAUGUCCAGCAAAGCAGAAGGAAAGACAAUUGCACAGAUUGUCCUAGCUUUAGGGUUGGUAUUCCUCCUUGUCAGCACUUUCACCACGUUGAAGACUCCUGACAGCAGCCAAGUUCAGCAAAGUGCAGGAAUACCUGAUCAUCUGAGCCACCAUCUCGCUGGAAAUCCAGAAAUUGACAGCAACUGGCACAAAGACCAACUUGAUUCUGUUAAAAAAGAUGGUGCAAAAGCGGACAUUGAAAAGCGAGUGGAACCCCCCAACCCUCAGGAAGAUUUGGCAAAAAAAGCUAUAGGUAAUAAUAUUGUGGCAGAAGAGAAAGGACCAAAGCCUCUGGACCAGCAUGAUACUGAUGAUGUAAACAGGGCUAAACAGUUUCCUGCAGAGGGUGCACAAGACCAAGCUGCAAAGGAAGGAAGAGGAGGUGACAAGGCAGAUCUUGAGAGACAUGAUGACAAGAGACGGCAGCAGGAAUUGCUUGCAGCACUGGAGGCACAGCGUGCUGAGCAGGAGAGGCUUCUAAUUGAGCAGAAGGCUGUUCUACAAGAGCUGAAAGAUCAUAAGAAGGAACAUGAGAUUGAUGGGCCAGAGAAACAGAUACAACAGGUGGCGAAUGACCAGAAGCCAGGUCAGGCAUUCCCUGUGGACCAAAAAGUGGACCAAAACAUCAUUCCCCAACAACCAAAUGAUGUCCAGGCUAAGCCUAUGCCUCAUCAGGAUCACCAACAGCAAGAACAGCCAGUUGUCAUAGCCAAUGAGGUAGCACCUCAGCAACAAAAACAGCCACUUCAGGAUGUGGGAGAUCCUCAAAACCUUCAGAGCCAACAGGAACUCCAAGUUGAUAAGUUACCAGGACCAGUUCAGAAUGUACCAGAACAGGUGAAGGAUCAGAUUCAACAACAACAAAAUCUGGUUAAGCAGCCACAGAUUCCAGAUCAGCAGCCACAAGCUCAGGCUCAGGAAGUCCCACAGCAAGAGCAAGUAUUGCCUGGUGCAAAAAGUGGUCAAGCAGAUUUAGCUCAACAGCCAGGUAUCGCUGUUCAGCAGGACCAAGUUCCCAUUAUUCCUGAGAAUGUUAAAAUUGAUGCUGUGAGAAGUAAGCGUGAGGUUGUAGGAAAUGUCAUGCCUGUUGUCAGUCCAGUGGAAAAGCACAUAAGUACCAAAGGUGAAGUGGAAAAGACAGGAGCAAGAAAGGACUUAGUAGUACCCAUGAAAUCUUCAAGUGUUGAUGAUCAGGGCGACAAAGAGGAGAUGAGGAGGAGACUGAAGGAGGCAGGGUAUGAAGAUGCUGUAGCAGAUCAUGUACCAGACCUUGACAUGAGCAAAGUUGUUCAGAGUAUUGUCAACCAGGGUAUAGUCAUCCGCUCUCUGAAAGACCACCGUGAUUGAUGAAAUAAAAAUGAAUUAAUUUUAGUUACUUUAUUUUUCUUCUUGGUUUUUCAGUAUAAAGCAUGGUUUUUAUUUUUUACCUCUACAGAUGACAUGGAUCAUGGUAGAUUUUCUUAUGGAUGUCAUGGGUGAUAAUUUGUACAUCUUACAUCAAAAGCAAGGUGAACUUUCUGUAUGGUAGAAUAUGAUAGAAGAUCUCUUAUGCAUCUGUGCUGCCAAAAGAAGACUCUAAAGAAGAAAACUGAUGGAGAGGACUACAAGAUACAAUACUGUACAAGAUUUGGAAAAAGUCUGAAGGAACAGACUUAUUUUUGUUAACGGCAAAAGCAUUCCCUGCAUUGGAUUGGAGAGAUUUACAGAAUACAUCUAAAAAUCUGCAAGCAGGAAAGAGGCAUACCCAUGUGUUUGCCUAAUACAUGUGUAUAGUGCUGAUCACUGCUGCAGCAAGCUCCAGGUUAAAUUGAGGACAUGUCAUUUAAGUGCUCUUAACCUCUGAAAUUCUUUUUUAUUUUCUCUGCUGAUACCUUCACAUUUUAAUAGAUUAUUGUGUAAAUAGCUUUAUGAAUCAUAACACCUUUAUGAGUUUUCUUAUGUAAAUUAAGAUUAUUCUUAGGGAGUAAGAAGGUAUUAAAUUUUUAUUUCUGUACAGUUUCCUGCUCACCUGCAAUUUUGUUGUUGUUAACAGUAUGUGUUCAAGUAAGCUGAAAAGUUAAAAACAAUUGCAUGAGAGAAUGUACAUGGAAGUAUUUGUGGAUGCAUGCUUUAUUGCAUAAUAAUUUGAACUUGUAUUUUUUGAACUAGUGCAGAAAGUUACUUACUGUGAUUAGUACUUACACUACUUUUUGUCUAUCAUUAAACAGAACAAGUUUAAUUCUUGUUUAUAAGCACAAUAUAAACCCUUUGACUGAAAUAUUUUCUUUUUCUUAGACCCAUGGUUCUCAAAGUAUUUCGGACCGUGGACUACUUUAUUAAAGUAAAUAAUAUGGCACACCACCAAGGCCUAAAAUCACUCUGAACCAUGAAUUUCAUAUUUAAUUUGCCACAUUUGUUUCAUUUCAAUUCAAAACUAAAUGUACUUUUGUGACAGCAGUAUAGUAGUAAGUUUAUAUAAAAUUACAUCGCAAAGUACUCAUGAAAAUUAAAAAUAAGGAAGUGCAUUUCAUUACUAGGGGGUAACGGAUGAUGUGGUUAGAUGACGCAAUGCUUGUGCUAUGACAUAAAGACUUGGGCAUCGAUAAAAUUAAAACUCAUGUGAAAUCAAGACUGGACUAAUUAGUGGAUCUGGCAAUUUAAACAUCACUUUGCUAACAUAUGAUGACUGUCAGCUGCAGACCGUCUGACUUAUGUGUGUGACCCACAAGUAGUUCAUAAACCAUGCACACUUUGAGAACCACUGUCUUAGACAGUUGAACAUUAUAGUGUACACUGUAUUUGCUUUUUACACUUAAUAAACUAGCUCUAGCAGAGGUCUUGUGGGAAAAGAUCAUUUCUUUUCAGUACAGAGUUUCUAGAUUUUAGCACUGCAAAAAGACCCAAGAUUUGCUUAAAUCUGUUUAUCUUAUACUAUAAAGAAUAAUUUGGCAUGGAAGAAGUUGAAGCAGUGUAAAUAUGUGGUUUUAAAACCAAUUUUUUUUUUCUUUUCUGCAUUAAAAGUAGACUGCCUUUAUAUAAGAGGACUGUCCCUGCCUCCUUGCCUUGUUAUAACCUUACAUUUUGAUGCCAGGUUAAAGAAUGUUUUGUAUAUGGAUAUAUUUUUUAUGUGCAUCAUGGACACUGCGAUCUCAGGAUGCCGUCCUGCUUAGAAUUCCAAAGUUCUCCCUUUCCAUCUUGGACAAGUGCUCUUUUGCAGUAUUUGGAUCCACAAUUUGGAAUUCCCUGCCAGUACACUUAUGACAUAUAUAAACACAUGAAACUUUUAAAAAAAUAUAUGGAAUCAACUCAUUCCCCACAAAUAUUUAUCAGAUUGACUCAUUUGAAUGUGGGUGCAUGUUAAGUACCUUGUAACACAAUAUAAAAAUUGUUGUUAGUUUUUUUUUCUUCUGUUAAACAUUGUGCAGACUUUGUGACCAAAUUAAAAAUGGGCUGCAACAGACAAUGCAUCUGAUCCUGUGUUCAUGUUUGGUCCUAACAAAUUUUAUUAUAAAUGGUGGGUUUUUUUAAGGUGGUGCCAUAAGAUUUUAAUUGCUUUGGGUUUUUUUUCUGUCAUGCAUUUUAUAAUUCCCUCCAAAUUAACUGUGGCCUGUGUGAAAGAUUUAAUGAAUGGUGUAUUUAAAAGCAUUAAUCACAAAAAAUUGUUCUUCACAAUUGAGAAAGUUUUACAUAUUGUGACCCCUGCAGGGUAAAACCAAGUCAAUUCUUUCCCUUAUAAAACAGUCUAUCAUCUGAAACAAAUUAUCUUUAGAUUGUUCUUGCAGGCAAUGUGGGUUUGUUGUAUGAAAGUGAAAUGCUUAAUAUUACAAAAGAAAUUUGGAAAGGUAGAGGGAAAACUAAGCAUUUACACUCAAGAAGCAAGCAGCCCUCACUGAAGCUUUCAAUGCUUAUUCACAUGCCUUUUUCUGCAACUAACAGCUAAGUGACUAGUAUGUUCAGUGCACACUCAAGAGAUGAACUCAGGUCAUGAGACUAAGACUGUAGACUACCAGUAGUUGGUGUCAUCCUUUAUUGAAGAAAGGUUUUGCAGCCGUAAUAUGAAUAGCUUUCUUUAUUCUUCUCUGAAACCACAGCCUGCAUUAUCUAAUAUUUAAUGCAUAAGUGUGCAUUGCUUUUAAAGGCAUUCCAUUUUUUUUUUUUUUUAUUAUGGCCAAUCAUCAUUUACGUUACUGUUUUCACAAUUCCAAGCAGUCGGUAUUCUCAGCAGCUGAAAACCAGUUUUGGCUGGACGAUGAUGCAGGCAAGGAUUUGUUUAGUUUCAGAUUCUUGAUAAUUCAGUCCAGUUGUUGGUGAGCUGGUAGAUGAAGUUAUUAAAUCAGGUUCAGUCAUUCCAGGUGUUUUAAAACAGAGUUUUCACAAAGCAUAACCAAUAAUUGUAAAAUAUUUUGCAGAACACUGUAUCCAAUAAAUUAUGGUAUUAUCAUGCAACUAUAGACUUGUUUGGGUCUCCCCACCCCACCAUGCCAAAGAAUUUGGAUUGGAGGUUUUAAGUUCAAUUUUUAUAAAAAAUUUAGGAAUCUUAGCAUCCAGGAUGUUGGAUCUUUUUGUUUCUGGGUUGCUGGAUUCCAAUGUCAUUGUAAUGCUGGAUUCCAAUGUCAUUUGUAAUCAUUUCUUUUCAAGUUUUAGAAUUAUCUGCUUCAUGAAGAAUAUAUAAGCUAUGAUGCAUACAGACUCAACUCACUGAUUUUUUUUUUCUUUUGAAAAAUAUACUGGACCCUAAUAAUGGUAGAAGACUAAUUUUUGAAGAGAGAAAAUUUAUCAUAAAAUGCUAUUGAAAGCACGAUAUAGAAAAUUUAGAGGACAUUUUUACAGAGCCAUCAAUGCUACACACCAUUUUGCAUUUAACUAUUAAUAUUAUCCCUUUUAUUGUCAUUCAAAAAGCAAGCCCAUUUUUUACCUUGUAUUUUUAAAUUUUAACCAUUAAUCUUGUUUGUAAGUUGAUAAACACUGCAUUUGUCAUUAAUAUGCGAGCACAUUUUUGGGUAAGACUCCUGUAUUUGUUGGCAUCUAUUUCCAUUUAAAACUUAAUUUUGUUUGGUUACCUUUUUGGAAGUUGGAAAAGGCUGAAAUUCAAAAUAUUUGACUUCAUCUUUUGAUUCCAGAUAUAUUUUUGCAGAUCCAUAUUGUCUACUUAUUACCAAAAAUGUUUCUUAAUCAUCUUUAAGAAUUUCCCCUGUGAUAGUUUGAUCAAGAGAUUAGGUCUUUUGUUGUCCAAGAAACAUGUCUUCAAAACAUGCUUUAUAGUGCUUUGCCUUUGCACAAUACAAAGACGAGAGAUAAAAAUUUGUUUCUCAAAAAUCUUUUUAUGAAGCUUUCAGUUGGCCCAUUAAAUUGCAUCUCUCAAAGAAACAACACUAA